AUGAGUCCUCCAAUCGACAAUACACAGUCCCUAUCCACAGAGGCUACAACUCUGAUAGACGAAUUCAAGGCUCUCUGUGUCAAGAAUGGGUUCAAUGACUUUAGAAAAGAAGAAAACACAGAUGAGACAACAAUUCUACGAUUUCUUCGUGCGCAGCGAUAUGAUGUUGGUUCCGCUUUCCAACAGUUUCAUUACUUCCAAACGUGGCGCAGAGCGAACAAUAUCCGAGUUUUCUACGAGCACUUGGACGUGGAGACUUACGACGAGUCUCGGAAAAUGUACCCUCAAUGGAUAGGCCGACGUGAUCAAGAUGGGCGUCCUGUUUACGUCUUCCAAGUGAGGCAGCUGACGAAAAAGAAGCUGGACAGUUAUCUUUAUAUGCUAGCCGCAGCUCCGAGGCCCUCCAGUCACUCUGGUUCGGAUAUUCCUAUUUACAUCCUCCAUCUUCAUGCUCUACAUGAAGCGUCCUAUCUCGGCAUCCACACACAUUGUGGACAUCAGCAAUGUCAGCAUCCGUCAAUUCUGGAACAUUCGCAAGUCCUCCAGGAAGCCAGCAAGAUAGCUACAGCACACUACCCAGAGACCCUAGGCAGGGUAUUUGUCGUUGGUGCACCUGCGUUUUUCAAGUCGGUGUGGGAUGCAAUCAGUCAGUGGUUUGACCCGGAAACACGAUUGAAAAUCUUCAUUCUCUCAUUGUCGGAGUCCAAAUCCUUCCUGCUCUCUCAUGUCGAUGCCUCGGAUCUGCCCAAAGAAUACGGUGGCGAGCUUGAUUGGCAGUGGCAAGAUCAGCCAAAUUUGGAUGAGUCGACCAGGAGGCUGGUCGAUGAUCUAUACCACAAGACGGAUCGGGGCGAGAUUUUUCCAAAAGGCCCGAUUAUUUACCAAGACAGCUGUAUCCGGCUAGUGGGCUCCGUCGACGGCUCCCCUCGGCACAACGCAUUCUGCCGGAUCGCCACCCCUUCUCUUUGA